AUGAGGAUUGAGAGAGGACUCGUGGUGCCUGCAACACGAUUCAAACACCAGCACAAAGCAAUCUCUUCCCCACUAAUCCAUCUGGUCCCACUAUCGCGAAUUGCUUUCCUGAUCCAUAAUGUUGAGCGUGCCAAAGUGAUGUCCCAGAUGGCCCCAUACUGCAUCCUCUUCCGAACAGCGCCGAACCCAAGAACCUGGCCAACAGCGACAGUCGCAGCAUCUGUCGCCGAAGAGUCGCAGACCCAGGUGCGCCAUGGUUACCCGCCCAAACAAUGA